GCAGAAAAGUUCGAGCAAUUGGAAAGUUGUUGCGAAUGGUCGAAUGAAAAGAUGCUGCGAAUGGUGAAGAGAUACUGCAAGAUCCAGUACAAGGAAGAGGUGGAGGAGUUGGUACAAGAUUCGCUGGAUUGGGCAGAAUUCAAAAGGAAGCUGCUAGAAAAGUACCUGUUGAGCGAUCAAUUGUUGGACUUGACCGAUUUGAGGAAGAUCCUCUAUCGGCUGCUGAAACAGCAGAAAGAAAAUCGGAAGAGGUUACAGGUGGGGACGGACAAGGACAAGGGUGUCUACAAAACCUUAUCUGACAUGAGAGAAAUGAUGAGCAGUAUGAAGGAGAGACGGUUAAAACUUCAAGUGAUGAUGACCAAGGCGAAAACUGGGAAGAGAAAAGGGAAGGAGCCUGUCACUGAAGAGAGUAGCAGUGAGAGUGAGAGCGAGGAGGAACGGGGACCCCCUCAACACGCAACGACAGUGCAUUUGGAUAGAAUGGAAGGCGUGCCUCCUGACAAGUUUUACAUUUUAGGGAGUGGUACAGUGGAGACCAUUCUCAAUGACGAGGUAGUCCUCCAUGGGGUGAUUGACAAUGGCAGCGAAGCUGUCAUCAUAGACGAGGAACGCGCCGUGCGAUUAGGACUGGACCUCGACAGGUCUUACUUGUUCGAGAUAGAGACAGCCAAUGGAAGAAAGCAGAAGAUCUUCGGGGUCUGUCACAACGUGGCCAUUGAGGUUGAAGGGCUGCGCGUGUUGAUGCCUGUUUUCGCAGUCAGGAACUGCAGUUCGGAUUUACUACUAGGGCGGACGUGGUUAAGCCAUGUUCAUGCUGUUACUGUAGAGCGAUCGGACGGGAGCCAGAUGCUUUCUAUUAAGCAUCCGGAUGGUGGACAAAUCAUGAUAGAGACAGUCGAGCCUCGUGAUCCAAGGAACAGAGCGGCCCUAGCAGAUGGUGGUGGCCGCAAGCCGGUCACGCUCGCGAGUCGCUCUUUGCGAUUCUGCGAAAAGAAGUAUGGGGCAUUGCUCACAGAAGAAGAAGGACGCAUAGUGGAAAUCGAGGACUUAGGUAAUCGCGUCCUUGUGGGAGAAAACUCCUACCUCAAGGAUGAAGACGAGGAAUUUCUCCGUGUCUUUUUCAAAGGCGCAGCCCCCUACGGGGGGCGACCAAAGAAGCACAAGGCAGUAACUCAGAAAGUCAAGCUGGUGGCGGUAGCCCGAGAGUAAUCCGCACUAGAUGGGAUAUCUAAGGAGGAGAUCGCGAUAAAGAUUAAAGAAAGGA